CCUUCCUCUAAAAAAAAAUCCCAUCUUUCUUUUCCAUCAAAACCUCGUUUUUCCGCUCCCCAAACCCCCAAUUUUCCUGAGAAAAUCGCCCUCCCCGGCCACCCAUCUUGUUGCGCCCCCCCCCGGCGGUCCCGACGCCGAUCCGUCAUUCUCAAUCCGAAAACGAGAAGAGAAUUCCAGAGUUGUUGAUUCUUGAGGUGAGAUUUUAUGGUUUUUGCUCUUUUGGGUCUCGUUAUUUGCUUCGAUUUGUGUUGUUAUUGCCCGAAUAAUCCAAGAUCACGAUGCAUCCCAAACUUCAAAAUUUCCAAAUCGUCCUGCAAUCUCCCGAUCUCCAAAUCCCAACCCAAACCCUAACCCUAUCCCCAAUUCAGACCCCAACUCUCCGCCACCUCAAGCUCUCAAUUUUCUCCCGUGUCCUACCGUCGCUUUACUUCACCCUCAAUGGUAAGCCCCUAAAUGACUCCACUCCGCUUUUCGAUUCCCAAAUUACCCCUCUUUCUACUCUGAUUUUACGGAUUAGAGCUCUUGGAGGUGGCGGCGAUGGCGGCGCGACGGGAGCGGAGUCUCGCGACUGUUAUCUCAAGAUGUACGCGGAGAAGAAGCCCGAUAAGGUUGACCCGAACGAGCAGAGGCUUUCGAAGUGGCUCAAUUGUGCGCUGUCGAACGAGCCAUUGAAGGAGCCGUGCGUAAUGGAUUUUCUGGGGAACGUGUUUAACAAGGAGGCUCUUGUGGAGGCGUUGUUGGGGAAGAAGGUGCCCAAGGCGUUUGGGCAUAUAAAGGGGUUGAAGGACAUGAUCAGUAUUCAUCUUACCCCAAUUACUGGGGCCGAAUUCAAUCGCCAAUCCGUUGCUGGGCCGCGGUUUCAGUGCCCCAUUACAGGGGUCGAGUUCAACGGUAAGUGUAAGUUUGUGGGAUUAAGAACUUGUGGGCAUGUGUUGAGUUCAAAGGCUUUGAAGGAGAUAAAGUCGUCGACUUGCCUUGUUUGCCAUGUGGGAUUUUCAGAGGCGGAUAAGAUUGUGAUUAAUGGGAAUGAAGAGGAAGUUGUGGAGUUGAGGGAGAGGAUGGAGGCUGAGAAGGCGAAAGGGAGAGUGAAGAAGGUGAAGAAGACGAAAAAUGGGAAUGCUGGUGUGAAUGGCGAGGAGGAGGGUGUGGGUUUGGAGGCCUCACGGUUGAGUGGUACCAAGCAUGGUAUUGAUGCUAGGGCUGUGGAGAAGGUUUCAGCAAAGGUAGAGGUAAAUGGGAAGGUUGUGAAUGUUGGAGCUGAUGUGAAGGGUGCGAGUAAUGGUGGGGCAAAGAGGUUCAAGGCGGUGGAUAUAGCCCCUGCUAAUGCUACUAAGGAAGUGUAUGCGUCCAUCUUCACGUCGUCAAGGAAGAAGGAUUUCAAGGAAACAUUUUCCUGCAGAUCUCUCCCACUUGGUAGAAACUGAUUGAUGGUAAGGUCUAAGAGAAAGUAAUACCGUCUUACUUGUAAUGUGGGCAAAGAUAUCAUUCAUUGCUCUGUUGUAAUUGAAGUUCAUCUUUAAUAGGACACUUUGACUUGUUAUGUACUCUCUUUCGAUAUCUAGUCGCUUGUUUAGCAAACUAUUCCUUGGUGUACAAUAAUGUUUGUGAAGAUGGUGAUUUCGACGUUGCUACUUCAA